CAAUCAAAAAAAAAAUGAAAUCACCGAUGAAAAUGUAACAUCAAUCUCUCCGUCAGUGACUGCACAGGAGAGUGAUGUAUCCGUGAAUAAUGAUGAUGUGGUCGACGAAUUAUCAAACGUGGAAACAAUCUUGGAACCAGUGAAAGAGUUGAACAUGUUUAUAGCUGCAAACAAAUGUUUCCUCGAGUAUGUGCAUGAUAGCACGGGGUUGCCGUGGUGGGCGACCAUCAUGCUUUCAACAAUAUUUCUUAGAUCCGUGUUCACUCUUCCAAUAGCAAUUUGGCAACAGAAAAAUGCUGCUCGUUUGUUAAAUGCUCAGCCGAGGAUAAACGGUUGGUUCGAAAAAUUGAAACAUCAGGUCGCGAGAAAGAUGCGUAGUCAAGGUCGGUCUUACGAAGAAUUUCAAGCGGAGUUACAGAAAAAGGUUUUUAGCAAAAAACGCAUCUGCCUGCAUACACCAUACAUGACCGGUCACGUCACCGCCGAUGAGAUUAAUGAUUUUGAGAAUGGUGGCUUCCUCUGGUUUUCCGAUCUAACUGCAGUUGAUCCUACCCUGUUCUUCCCUUUGGCUAUCGGAGCGACGAAUUUAUUUAAUAUCGAGUUGCACAGGUGGACCUCGAGGGGUAAACCGAGCACCAGGCAAAAAGUAAUAACUAAUAUCGGUCGCGGGUUGUCCAUCAUCAUGGUCCCGGUUGCCACGAAGGCUCCGAUGGUCGGUGAUAUGUUUGUACUGGCUUACAUCAAGUUGCUUCAGCGUGGUGCAAAAUGUUGCUUUCAAAAUACCAUUGAUUCAAAGAAGGUUAGGAUUUCUUCCAAAGGUCGCGUGAAAAGAUCACGUGGUGUUAAUAAAGAGUGGCUUGCACAAGUGUUUAAAGGACUAAAUCACGUGUUGAAAUACUAUCUCAUUUUGUCUGUGCGAUCACGCACAAGUUUGCCGAGAUUUCACCGGCCAACCGUACACGAUGAACUCUCUGACCGGGCUCCGUCUACUGCAGACAUGGCCGAGGUGGUUUGUGGGGAGUAA